UCUAGUGAGGAGUUGGACCAGGAAACUGAGCGGAUCAGUAACUCAGAGUUUAUUACCUGAUAACGGUGCAGCUUCCUCCAACAUGUAACUCUACUACGGGAAGUAACUUUUAUCACUGACCUCAUUCCUCUCCUGCUCCGCCAUGUAGCCGGGAAGGCGUCACUUUUUACCGUUCAAAACUACGUAUUGAGUAACUCGUCAGGGGGUUUCGCCUUAUCCAUCGUUCAGAGAAUUGAUGAAGUUGUGAAGGAGCUCGCUCCUCCACCCGCAGGCUCCACCAUGACCGAGCGGACCCCGCUUCUCCACUACCGCCUCUCCGCCAGCGUCAAUGAGUCCGCGCCGAGGACGCCUCCGGCCGGCCGACCCCCGGACCAGCACCCGGGCGGGCCCAGGCAGCGGUCCUCCCAGACCGGCCAACCCAAGAAACUCUCCACCUUCGUUGGGGUGGUGAUCCCCACCCUGCUGUCCAUGUUCAGCGUGGUGUUGUUCCUGAGAAUAGGAUUCCUGGUGGGCCAGUGCGGACUGUACCAAGCCAUUUUCAUGUUCCUGGUGGCCUACUUCAUCAUCAGCAUGACUGUGCUGUCAGUUUGUGCCAUCUCCACCAAUGGAGCCCUGGAUGCUGGGGGAGCCUAUUACAUGAUCAGCCGAGCGUUGGGUCCAGAGUUUGGUGGCAGCAUCGGGAUCAUGUUCUUCCUGGCUAAUGUGUGCGGCUGCGCUCUGUUCGUGCUGGGUCUGGUCGAGGCCAUCGUCGGCACGUUCGGCGAGCCAGAAGACGGGAUUAUGAUCACUUCUCCCUACCAGGUCUUGCCGUCUGGCUACUGGUGGUCUCUGCUGUAUGCCACUGGAAUCGGCCUGAUUUGCCUGCUGGUGUGCCUGGUUGGAGCCCACAUCUACGCCAAGGCCACUUUCAUCAUCUUCUUGGUGGUCAUGGUUGUCCUGGGCACUAUCUUCAUCAGCUUCUUUGCCGUAGGGCCUCAAACCAUCACGCUGCCCAGCUCUGCCACGGCCAACGGAACAGGCCCUGUGAUUCCCACUACAGCCAACUUCACUGGCUUCAAGUUGGAGACGCUGCUUGGGAACCUGUGGGCUGACUACACGGUGGAUUAUACUACUAAAACUGUGAUGACCUUUGCCACAGUUUUCGCUGUCAUGUUUAAUGGCUGUACCGGCAUCAUGGCUGGUUCUAACAUGUCAGGUGAUCUGAAAAGUCCCAGUUAUUCCAUUCCCCGUGGUACCAUCACAGCCGUCAUCUUCACCUUCAUCAUCUAUAACUUGCUCUGUGUGCUGGUGGCCUGCUCCUGUGAUCGUGUUCUGCUGCAGAGGGAUUACAGUUUCCUGAGGGACAUUAACGUCUGGAAACCCUUCGUCAUCAUCGGGGUUUAUUCUUCCACGCUCUCGGCUGCCAUGAGCAACCUCAUUGGAGCCUCACGCAUCCUCUACGCCUUGGCCAGGGAUGACUUGUUUGGUAAGGUUCUGUCUCCCGCCAAGAAGACGUCCCUCAGCGGUAACCCCUGGGUCUCUGUGCUCAUCUCCUGGUUUCUUGUGCAGCUGGUGCUGUUUUCGGGGAAGCUCAACACCAUCGCCAGCAUUGUGACCAUUUUCUUCCUGCUGGUGUAUGCGGCUGUGGACCUGGCCUGCCUCGCCCUAGAGUGGGCCUCAGCACCUAAUUUCAGGCCCACCUUUCGAUACUUCACCUGGCAUACGUGUGUGUUGGGCAUCGUGGGUUGUGCCGUCAUGAUGUUCCUGAUCAAUGCCAUCUAUGCCUCGGCCAGCAUUGCCUUCAUGCUGCUGCUGCUCCUGCUGAUUCACUACCUCAGUCCCACCUCCAGCUGGGGUUACAUCAGCCAGGCGCUCAUUUUCCACCAGGUGCGUAAGUAUCUGCUGAUGCUGGAUGUGAGGAAGGACCAUGUCAAGUUUUGGAGGCCUCAGGUCCUGCUGAUGGUUUCUAACCCUCGCAGCAGCGUGGGCCUCAUCACCUUCAUCAAUGACAUCAAGAAGAGUGGCCUUUACGUGCUUGGACACGUCCAGCUAGGAGACCUCAACAAUUUGCCGUCCGACCCUCUGCAGAGCCAGUAUGACUCCUGGUUGUCCCUGGUGGAUCAUCUGAAUAUUAAAGCUUUUGUCAACCUGACUCUGGCUGAUUCUGUUCGUCAUGGAGUCCAACAUUUGCUCUUCAUCUCUGGACUAGGUGGAAUGCGUCCGAACACCCUCGUCCUCGGUUUCUAUGACAACUGUCUUCCAAAGGACAGGCUUGUUGAUCCCACCCUGUCGACGAGUCAGGCCACAGAUCCCUCGGCACCUUCUCAGGAGCUGGAGCAACAACCUGCCCUCUUCCACUUUGACUCCCUGCGGGUGUCCAGCAACAGGAAAGAUUAUGGAGAAUCGGGUGAUGGGAAGGUUCUGGGUCCCCAGGAGUACGUCGCGAUUAUUGCUGAUGCCAUGAAGAUGCUUAAGAACGUGGUGCUGGCUCGAUACUUCGACACCUUUGACCGUACUCACGUCCUCUCACCACCCUCCUCCCCAUUGAAGGGUGCUGUGUACGUUGACGUCUGGCCGGUAAACCUCCUGCAGCCAGACAGCUGCAGCUACGUCGAUACCUGCUCUCUUUUCCUGCUUCAACUUGCUUGUAUCCUCAAUAUGGUAAGAGCCUGGCGAAAGGCCACGCUCCGCCUCUUCCUGUGCGUGGAGGAGGGACGAAGCGUGAGAGGUGCAGAGGAGAAGCUUCGUCAGCUGCUGAAAGAUUUGAGAAUUAAAGCCCGGAUCUAUCCUGUGCCAUGGGACCAACAGGUGGCACUACACUGGCAGCGUCAAGGCACGUGGGGGAAGAAGCAGCAGUCGCAAUCCCCUGAUACCACCAAUGAGGAGCAGAUGCAGACAACAGCUGAGGAAGAAGAUGUUGACGAUUACGUUAACAGCUUCCCGAGCAACACCACGCGCCUGUCGGACGACUACCUGUCAGCUGUCAAUAAGCUGAUCCUGGACCAGGCCCGGCCACCUCCCGCUGUGCGCUUCCUGUACUUGCCCCGUCCUCCAGCUGACACCCGACGCUACGCUGCCUACUUGCAACAGUUGGAGCUGCUGACUCAGGAGCUGGGCCCCACGCUGCUCAUCCACGGAGUCACCCCUGUCAUCACCACUGAUCUUUGAGAGAUCCCCUUCAUGACACAAUGAGUGAAUUGUGUGUCCAUCUGCUGCUGAAGGUUUUUAAUCAGGGUGUUUGGACUUAUUUUUACACAGUGUCACCACAGACCUCAGCACUGUGACGACACUGACCACACCACACCACAGCAGACCGGGGGAACAGACCUGUGAGAUACAUCAUUUGACAAUCACACACACCCUGCACUGACUCGCACAAUACAGAGUCAUGUAGAACACAUUUUUUAGAGGUGCAGUCUAUUUUUUGAAUUUUUUAAAUGAAGAUUGAAUAUAAUACGGUACAUUUUGGCCAUUUGCUGGUAACCUUUUUCUUGAUUUUAUUUCUGUUCUCAACUUGCCUGAAGGCAUCUUGAACUUUUAUUUCGGUCCAGCCAUGUCAUGCCUUCUCAGGUAGAUGUUCCCUGAGGAGCCAGCUGAUCAGUCUAAACCAGCAAACAGCACAUUAUGCUGUUUCUAACAUAUUUGUUUCAGGCGUAUAAUUCUGACAGGUUUGUCCAUGUAUCCACCAGCAUACAGUGGAAAAUCUCCACUCAUUCAUAUUGCCAAUCCACCCCUGUCACUUUAGAAACUAUUUCUUCAUUCCUCCCUGUAAUAGAGGGACCUGUCUAAUUCCUGAUAUAUUCUAAGUUGAGGUCAAGGACUCCCCUGGUUCCUUCCUUGAAAUGUUAAUUUGGUGUGUUUGGCUCAAAUUCCUCUAAAUGAUCAUUCCAUAUGCCUUCACAUCAAAAAGUGCCUCACUAGUUAAACAGACAGGCAAGUUGGACUGCUUUACACCUUCGAAAAUUUCAUUUGCAGGAAAUCUGCCUUUCCAUUUAAGUAGCUUCGGACAAAGGAAACAAUUGAGCGACUGUUACGACAGUGCUCAUAAGGAAGGUCCGUUAUUUCAAGAAAAAGGUUAUGUCAGAUCUGAGGAAGACAUUCCUCUCUUUUCCACAUGCACUUUUGUCCUUCCUCUGCCAAACUGUAUAUUGUGAUGCUUCCCCAAAAAUAUUGUAAGACAUGUUUACAGCACCAGUAAUGACUGAUUAUCCACGAUAUUUAAUAAAGAUUGUUUUUAUGUGUAUUAGGUGCUCUUUAACUUUUAGAUACGUUUUUAUUAAUCAGUGACCACAGUGUUCGGCCAGCCUGAAUGCUGAAGUGCUUAAAUUAAUUUUACUACCUGCUCCACUCUGCAGCCUCGACCUUUAACUAUUGUAUUUUGCAGUAUUUAAAGUGAACAUGUAACUUUUGCUGACCUGUAGUUACAAGUGGCAUUUAUGGGAUAAUGGAACAUAUUAAAAGUUAACAUACCAGUAGUACAAGAAGAGUAAUCUCAUUUGUACUGCAAUUUUUAUCAAUGGAAAGUAUGUUAACAUUAACCUCUAUAAGCUGCCGGUUAGUAGAUGGGACAUGAACGAAACUAAAAAUUGCACGUCAAAUACAUUAUCUCAAAGAUUGUGUCUGUCACUUUAUGUAGUUUUUAUCACGCUCAUGUUUGUUCAAUUGUUAAAGUUGUUAAGUAUAGUUAUACCCCAGUCUGGUCCACAUCUAGAGAGGCUGUAGCAGCACAACCUCUGAUUGCAAUGAUUCCAGCUUUUCAUGAAUAAGAGCAAAAAUGUGAUUAUUCCUCGUCAUCACUGUGGCAAAUCGUAAUUCCAUUCCUUGUCACACUGAUGAUACAGUAUAUGUCCACUGAGGCCAAAGUGAAUCAUAUGUUUAUUGUAAAAAUGGUUUGAAUCCUUGAACUGAAAAUAAAAUAAAUACAUACAAAAUUG